GCUCCUUCAACAACAACAGCUAGUCAGACCCAUCCGUAGCUUUCUAGCAAACAUAGCUACAACAUUCACGCUCUUUACAAUGUUUUGGUGUAUAUUAGUCGCUGUGUAUUAAACACACUUCUGUCGUAUGUACUUGUUGGCCCAUUUAAUUAUAUAUUUACGUUGUUUGUCAGCUAGCUGGUUUGCUAAGUUAGCUUAGAACUAGGCUAGUCACUAAUGCUAGCUAGCUAACAUCUCCGACCAUGAGUUCACUAAGUUACUCUCGUUCUGCUAAAGAAGAGGUGAUCUGCUGGACGGAGAAAGAAGCUUUCAUGAAAGAGGAGGACGAAGAAGAGGCUGUUACAAUACAAAAACAAGUAGAGAGUGAGGCUGUUACCGUGAAAAAAGAAGAGAAAGACGUUACAGUGAAAGAAGAGGAAGACGCGUUCAGAGUGAAAGAGGAGGAGGAAGAGAAAGAGGAGGAUGCAGUUUUUGGAGUGAAAGAGGAGGAGGGGGAGAUGACUGUCACAUUGGAGGAAGAGGAGGAGGUUGGAGAUCUGUUUCACACCAGAGAGAGACGGGACUAUCGUGGAUCCUCUGGGGAGUCUCAACAACAUCAUGAUGCUGACGAGGCAGAGAAGUGUCUCUCCACAUCAGAACUCCUCAAGAAACACCUGCAGAGACCCACAGGGAAGAGAACUCACUGCUGCUCUGACUGUGGGAAACGUUGCAAAUCUUCAUCAGAACUUAAAAUACACCAGCGAGUACACACAGGAGAGAAGCCUUAUAGCUGUGAUCAAUGUUGGAAGAGUUUUACUCAGUCAAGCUCCCUGAAAUCACACCAUAGAACACACACUGGAGAGAAACCUUUUGGCUGUUAUCAAUGUGGGAGGAGUUUUACUCAGCUAAGCAGCCUGAUAGUACACAGGCGGGGACACACAGGAGAGAAACCUUAUAGCUGUGAUCAAUGUGGGAAGAGUUUUACUACAUCUAGCUAUCUAACUAUACACCAGAGAACACACACAGGAGAGAAACCUUAUGGUUGUGAUCAAUGUGGGAAGAGUUUUACUCAGCUAAGCAGCCUGAUAGUACACAGGCGGGGACACACAGGAGAGAAACCUUAUAGCUGUGAUCAAUGUGUGAGCAGUUUUACCUCAUCUAGCUAUCUAACUAUACACCAGAGAACACACACAGGAGAGAAACCUUAUAGCUGUGAUCAAUGUGGGAAGAGUUUUACUCAACUAAGCAGCCUGAUAGUACACCAGCGGGGCCAUACAGGAGAGAAACAUAGCUGUGAUCAAUGUGGGAAGAUUUUUACCUCAUCUAGCUAUCUAACUAUACACCAGAGAAUACACACAGGAGAUAAAUCUUAUGGCUGUGAUCACUGUGGGAAGAGUUUCAUUCGGCUACAAACCCUGAAAUCACACCAGAGAAUACACACUGGAGAGAAACCUUAUAGCUGUAAUCAAUGUGGGAAGAGUUUUACUCAGCUAAACGGCUUGAUAUCACACCAGAGAACACACACAGGAGAGAAACCUUGUAGCUGUGAUCAAUGUGGGAAGAGAUACUCUGAUAAAAGAUCUCUGAUUAAACAUCAGAAAUUACAUGGAGUUGUUUCAUGAUAUCAAUGAAAUAAUGUCACAAUGUAGAAUGUUUUAACAUUGUAGUAGGAGUAUUUUAAUGAUGUCACAAUGUAGAAUGUUUUAACAUUGUAGAAGGAGUAUUUUAAUGAUGUCACAAUGUAGAACCCUAAAUGUUUGUUAAAUUGAUUUUAGCCUCAAGGGGAAAAUCCAGGCUCUGAAUUGAAAGAGUUACUAUUUAUGAGAUUUAUCAAAAAAGUGACUAACAAAAAUAGAGUUGUGUUCCACUUACCACGUUGGUGACCCACUUGAAUCAAAAUGCAACACUUCAAAAUGUUUAGGUUUUCAAUAUAUCCCAAACUGUUUCAGCAUAUUGGUUAUUGAUUUGGACACGUUAAAACUGUGUUUUGACAUUGCGCUAUUCCCAUUUAGCAAAAUGUCAUUGAAAAGACGUUGAAAAGAAGACUGCCCAACGUCCAAUAUAUGUUCUGUCCAGUAUAUGUUCGGUUGUCGUUGAAAGUGAAAGUUGAAAAGAUGUCUUUUCGGGUCGAUUUUUUCCAAUGACUUGAAAACUGCUUAAUUUCAACGUACUUGCAGCUUUUUCACCUAUAAUCAAUUUUAUUAACAAACUGACAUCACUCCAGUAUUUCUUGACAACAUCAAAUGCUAAUUGUCUUUAUUCCACUACUGAAGAAGCAUGACUCAAAUCACCUCAUAUUUCAAACAUUCAGCCUGACAAAAGGUACAUGUUUUAUUAUUCCAGCCUCACCAUUAAGUUAAUUAUUGCCAAUACAUAUUAACAAAGGGGUGUACAUUUGGUUUUGAUAUUUCAUAUUUACAAUUAUGUAACAUUUAGUAAUCAUAGUUAUUCAUGCAACCAACUUGACAUUUUUGGGUACAUUUAUAUUGACGUUGUUGCCCUGUUUUUAUAAUAUCAGGGUUCAUUCUCAGAUGUGCCAACCCAAAUGUACUAGAGCAUGACAUUGGGGACUGGGCCCCGAUCCAACAACAUGCCUUUUGAGUGAACCCUGAAAAGAGAGAGAAGCUCCGCAGUGGAAAGUUACUACGGAUAUCGCAGGAGUUUCCUCUUGAAAUCAGACAUGUCCGUGGAAAACUUGGUUGCUGAUUAUCUCUGGGGUGGGCAGUCAAAAAGAUUUGUGUUUUGCGUUUAGCCAGUGUGUUACCAUGAUCACAAUUUAUUUGGGGUUUUAUCUCUUAUUCUUUUCCGUAUUGAAACUGCACUGUUGGUUAGGGGCUCGUAAGUAAGCGUUCCAGUGUUGUAUCCGGCGCAUGUGACUAAUACUAUUUGAUUUGAGUUUUGUUUGGGCUCGUUCCAAGGGGACGAGAGUUCUAGAAGUUAGUGAGUUUUAGGAAGACAGGGAGUUAUAGAAGCUAGUGAGUUUUAGGAUUCUAUAGAAAGAAAAAUGAGAAAAAAAUAAUAUGCUUGUUUAUUAUUAUUUAGGAAUAGGUGUUUUAUCUUGUUUUUAAUUGUUGACAGCCAGUAGACACCAUGUUUAUAUUGGUGAAGGUGAAGCAUUGUAGUUGAUUAUAAUGUGAAAUGGAAGUUGUUUUCUGUUGGUGGUGAGCAAACUUGUCUGACAAAAAUAAAGGAUAUAUUUGUUGUCUUUCGGGGGAAGGUGUUACAGGCUUUGGUUUUUCCAUUUAUGUUUUGAGGUUGUACUUUAGCACGUAUAGCUCGUUAGCACGUAUAGCUCGUUAGCACGUAGGACGCACUGAUUGAUGGAGAGUCUCCAGCUUUUUGGUUUGCUUCCUGUCUCUAAGUUUGGUGUGUGUUUUUCUUUUGUUUGCCUCUUCUUGGGCAGAUUUAGUGGGUGUCAUGGUGGGUGUCUUUUAUGUCCCAGAUGUUGUUACUAGUCAACUUCCAGUGGACACCCCCAUAGUGUCUUUCAGAGCCCCUCCUAAAAAACAAGCUAAUAUUUUGGGUUGGAUAUUGCAUCCAAUUAAUAUUUUAAUCAAUAGAAUUUCCUUAAUGUUCAUUAGUCUUUCAGUUGUUAAUCUUCUGUUUGUUGUGUACUAAAUAUUUUUGUUUAUUUUCAUUUUGUUUUAUUCCUGUGGAAGCCAUUGUGUUGCAUCCAUGUCUGAAAUGUGCUGUAUAA